CUGGGUUAUGCGUCGGGACUGCAGAUGCAUCAGCGACGGCCAGUGCUACACGGAAGCACCUAUGUAUGUCGACUUACUCUCCGCUUUUGUUCCCGCAUGUCUUCUUCUGGGUCCAUGAAAAAUGCAUUUGGGGCGAUCUCCGUCUUUCCUAGCGGCUGUUUGCGAAAUGGGUCCUCCUCGGGCUCGAAUAUGACUUCUACGUCAAGAGGUGGUGUUGGAAAGCGGGGGCUGCGCGCGACCUCCAGGCUUUGGGUCCCUCGUUUCAAUUGCUCGUUCGUCCACGGCGAUUUUUUCACGCCGUGGUCCUCAGGAUUUAGCAUCUCCGAGGUGUUGAAUGGGUUUGGCCCUUCAAAGGUCUAGCAUAGUUAGUGGGUUCAAGCAUGGAUUGUUGGCUACGCACUGGAUUCAGGGCAACUACGUUACCGAUAACUAUUGUUGGCGAAGAGCGGAAGCGCUCACUGCGUUCAGCAAGCUCUGCCUGCAAAAUGUGUCGGUGGACUGCGACUACUAGAUCUCGUGAAAAUACCUCAAUUCUCGUUCUCUGGGCCUCUUUUCCUUCGAAGAUGUUCGCAAUGCGUGGCAUAAUGGGGUAACUGGUGGUGAUUAGGGGAUGUCUCGGUCUCGUAGCUUAUAUAGGACACAAGUGAGACCAGGGCCGGAAAUUUGGACCGCCUCCGCUGUUGCCGCUCCAUGUCUCACGUCGGAAGGUUUCAGACUCAUGCUCCACUGUCAUUGCUUGCUUCUGCCCCACAUUCACGUACGCUGUUUUCAAGUUCUUUGUGAAACGCGAGCCUAGAUGUUGAAUGCUGCCCAUGAACAUGCUGCAAACGCGGAGGAUAUGUUCGCACAGGGCCUGACCAAGAGAACGUUGAAGAUGCUGUAUAACGACCACCAGAGAGCAGGGAAAGACCUGGAGAGGAGGAUCGAGCAGCUGAAAGCGGAAGGGAAAGAUCCGUCCUUGCCACACAAAGUUGCCAACACGCCCCGUGCCUCGACUAUGCCCGAAAGACGGACUGAAAAGUCUUCGCAUUCUCCUCAAUCAGAAUCAGCACCAUCCGCGCCUCUACCACGUCCGAUGACAGACUCUCAAGGAGUAGAUGAGUCGUUUAUGCUGCUGGGCGGUCAACGUUCCGAUCCCGGAGACCCUUUCAACCAGUUUUGGAACAUCAUGCAAGGGAUGCUCGACAAUCUCUCUCAGCCCGUGGCGUUCGCCACUGCUCCGUUGGGCCAUGUCGAAUCGGUCUCUUCAAGUUCGAAGCGGACGAAAUUGGCGUCCCAUCUCCCGCGAGAAGGCAGUUUGAGUAGUGAUACCGACCUGGAGGAGCCUAUCGUCUCACGAUUCGCGAGACGACUGGGAAUCAGCGGCGACAUCAAGAAGCAGGAUCGAUCAUCGAGCAACCUGAAGCCAUUGUCGUCGGAUCUUGACGGAGACGAGGAUUCCGAAGCAGGGGACGAACUAGCUGAAUCGUUCUACUUGAUACCAUCCUCUGCUGAACCCACUGCGAUCGAACUGAAGCAAGAGAACGCCUCCCUUACGCUCGAGAUCGAAGUUCUGAAGAAGAGGCUGGAGAACGUGGAACAAGCCUAUCAAAAGAAGGAUGCCCAUCUGAGGGAUUCAAUCUACAUGGCUACGAAAGAGGCCCAUCGAGCCAUGACUUUGGGCACUUCUGUUAACGGACCACAGCUUCUGGCCUCGAUUCUACGCGAAACCCCUGGGACCAAGACUGGACGUGAGGCGCAAUAUGCUAAACGUGUCAAAGAGCUUGAGGACGAGCUUCGAGCGGCUCGGGAUGAUCUGAGGGGUGUACGCGCCGAGAAUGACAAACAGGUGAUGUUGUUUUUCUGCUGGACUUGCAUCGCUCGCUUAUACAUGGCACAGAAAGCCAUGAUAACCCGCUACCAGGAGAAAUGGGAAAAACUGAAAGAGUCGGCCAAGCGCAGAAAGGAGUCCAAAGCCGCCGCUGGUGCCUCCCGGCCUGGUGGCUCAUUAGCCCGAGAACAGAUUCCAGAGGAGCCCGAGCCAGGGCCGGAUGAUCCCUAA